GACACGUGCAGCCUUCUUCUACCAAUGGGCCCCACACCGGAGGCUGCUUUGAUGUAGAGAGGCUUCCCCCAGCAGCUGGCUGUAUCACCUUGUGAGGGAGGGGAGGCAGGCAACCAUUAACUCCUUCAUGUCCAUCUCUGACGAAAGGCAACGCCCCCUCCCCAUAAACAAACUGCACGUUUCCACCACAGACAAGAGAACCUUUCAGGCUCCAUUGUUGGCACCGUGUUCCCUACAUGCCAGGGGUUAAUGGGUACAAUCCGCGCUGAGAAGUUUGCCGCGCGGUUCUUUCUCUGGGCGAGGAAAUAAACAACUGCCCAUUCAGAUUAGUGAAGGGAGUGCGAUUACGGCUGCAGGUUCUGCAGUGGGAGGUUUGGAGCCGGAGCUCCACUUUCUUCCUGUUUCAUUUAGUGACGGUGCAGGGGAAGAGGGUCCGCUCCGGGGGUUGGCUGCUGGGUUGUGUUUGGUUUUUUUGCUCUCCACUUUCCUUCGUGAAGGUUUGGGAAAGAAAAGGGGUGGGAGGGACGCGGCAAUAGCAAGGCUGUGUCAGGUUUGCGUCCGGAGACCCGCCUAAUUAUUUGUUUCCAUUGCAUAGUGCUUCCCCCCUAGCCUGUGCAGCCGGAGCCGGCCUGCUCCAGGGGUAGAGUGCAGCAGGAGCCGUAGUACCGGAGCCGGCCUGUGCAGCAGCAGGAGCCGGCCUGCUCCAGGGGUAGAGUACAGCAGCAGCCUGAAUACCGGAACCGGCCUGCUCCAGGGGUAGAGUGCAGCAGCCGAGGUGCCGGAGCCGGCCUGCUUCAGGGGUAGAGUGCAGCAGGAGCCGUAGUACCGGAGCCGGCCUGUGCAGCAGCAGGAGCCGGCCUGCUCCAGGGGUAGAGUACAGCAGCAGCCUGAAUACCGGAGCCGGCCUGCUUCAGGGGUAGAGUGCAGCAGCCGAGGUGCCGGAGCCGGCCUGCUUCAGGGGUAGAGUGCAGCAGGAGCCGUAGUACCGGAGCCGGCCUGUGCAGCAGCAGGAGCCGGCCUGCUCCAGGGGUAGAGUACAGCAGCAGCCUGAAUACCGGAGCCGGCCUGCUUCAGGGGUAGAGUGCAGCAGCAGCCGAGGUGCCGGAGCCGGCCUGCUUCAGGGGUAGAGUGCAGCAGCAGCCGGGGUGCCGGAGCCGGCCUGCUUCAGGGGCAAAGUGCAGCAGCAGCCGGGGAGCCGGACACGACCUGCUCCAGGGGCAAAGUGCAGCCAUAGGCAUGAGCUUUCUGCGUGUCAGAGCAGUGCUGUCUCAAGGCUGGCACCGCAAACCAUCCUGGCCCCCCAUCGGUGCCGCUCGGCCCAUUGUGGACAUGUCUUACUCCCACCACUUUGUGGAUUUUCACGGCUCUUCUAUCCCCACCUUUAUGAAAAAGCUGGUGGUCACUCAGCUGAGCCCUGACUUCAAAAAGGCAGUUACUUUAAUGCCCAAUGUGCCAGUGCCAGUUCCAGGGGAUGGAGAGCUCCUCGUCAGGAACCGAUACAUUGGCAUCAAUGCAUCGGACGUAAACUUUGCAUCUGGCCGAUAUGAAAUGUCUGCAAUGCCCCCCUUUGAUGUUGGAUUUGAAGGAAUCGGUGAAGUAGUAGCCCUAGGGCUCAGUGCUAGUAAACAUUUUGCAGUUGGGCAACCUGUAGCUUAUGUGAAAAGUGGUUCUUUUGCUGAAUAUACAAAUAUACCAGCCGAUAUAGCUGUUCCUGUACCAGUAGUAAAACCAGAGCUUUUAACUUUGCUGAUCAGUGGCACUACUGCUUACAUCAGUCUCAAAGAGUUUGGGUACUUGUCUGAAGGAAAGAAGGUCUUGGUGACUGCUGCUGCUGGUGGAACAGGACAAUUUGCCGUACAACUUGCAAAAAAUGCCAAAUGCUAUGUUAUUGGGACAUGUUCUUCCGAAGAGAAGGCCGGAUUCCUGAAGUCUAUAGGCUGUGAUCUCCCAAUCAACUACAAAUCUGAAAAAGUGGCUUCAGUUAUUAAGAAAAAAAUUCCAGAGGGAGUAGAUGUUGUGUAUGAGUCUAUUGGAGGGGAAAUGUUUGACACAUCAGUCAACUGUUUAGCAACAAAAGGUCACCUUAUCAUAAUUGGUUUUAUUUCCGGCUAUCAGACAUCUAGUGGUAUUUUGCCCAUAAAUUCAGGGGCUUUACCUGCAAUUUUGCUACGCAAAUCUGCAAGUGUUCAUGGUUUUUUCUUGACCCAUUAUAUGACGGAAUACAAGGAAGCAUUAAUAGAUUUGGUAAAGAUGUACCACAGUGGAAAACUGGUGUGUGAGGUAGACAGUGGAGAACAAUCACCAGAAGGCAAGUUCAUUGGUUUGGAGUCUGUAUUCCGGGCUGUAGAUUAUAUGUACACAGGGAAAAACAUUGGAAAAAUUGUAGUUGAAUUACCUCACCUUGUCAACAGCAAGCUGUAAAAACAGAACAAUGAUAUAAAUCACUUUGAAAAUGUGAUUUCUGCCAGGAAAUGUCUGAAACAUGUCGUUAAUGGAUGGUGCAUUAAAAAAAAUUCAUAUGUAGGUGUUACUAAAAUGUUUUCAUUCAACAAUAAAUAGCUUAGUAAAUUUUAGGAUACCUCAUUGAUAUUGCACGAAUUAACCUCCCAAGUGCCUAAAUAAAGGGUGAGAUUAUAAAAAAAAAAAGGGGGUAAUAAGAUGAAAGAAUAAUGCAUUGUAUAUGAUUUUUUUUUUUCUAUGUAGGGGUUAAUAAAAUGUUUUCAACAAUAAAUGGCUUAUGAAAUCUUAAAAUAUGAGAUUGCAUCCGUUAACCUCACAAGAAUAAUGAAUUUUACGUGUAUUUUUGCAUAGGGGAAAAAUGUUUUGCUUUGUAAUUUUAUUAAAAAAAUGUAAAUCUUAUAUUUAAUAUAGGAAUUGGUGUAUAGACAUGUUUUCAUAUUUUUGGCAUAUUUCAGUCCCGUUGUAAAAUAAAACCAUAUGCAAUAAUA